CUCCCAACAAAGGCAAACCCCGAGUAAGUGAGUGGGUAAUUGCCCAAUUUAUGUUUCCGACAUGUAAGCUACAGCCAGACCGGGGCUGUCUGUCAUCGACUCAUCGAGCCCACCACCAUGGCUUGAAUCGAGAAGGCAGGAUAUCCCUCCGUCACCUCGUCUGUCUGCCCGUCUGUCUGCCCGUCUGUCCGUCUUCUGAUGUUUGAUCUCGUCCGAUCACUCUCCGAACCCCUUCUCUCUCUGAAUUGCCCUUUUCGAACUACGGUCCGGACUUCCCCCAGCCUUGACAACCAACAUAGAUAGCUUGUCGCUUCGACCCACGAUCCAGGAUCCAGGACCCCGACUCGGCUCUGGGCCCUUGCGAUACCCACCAAACAACACCGCGCUCUCCGCUAUCUUCUAGAUCCACCUCCACGUCGGCCGUGUCCACCAACACGUCCCGAUCGCUCAAGAACUCCCUACCGCCCCAAGGUCUUGCUCAAUCGCACACAAGCUGUGUUGUGCGAGCUUGACGCUACAUCAGCUUGCAGCCAUGGCGCACGUCAACGGCAACGGCACCGCCAACGGCCACGCCGCCAAUGGCGUGGAACACCCUUACACGAAUGGCAAGUCGGCGCAUCUUAGGAAGGCCUCUCGCAAGCUCUCGAGCCCAAUGAUGCCUGCCUUCAUGGUCUCUGCCCCGGGCAAGGUCAUUGUCUUUGGCGAACAUGCCGUCGUCCACGGGAAGGCGGCCAUUGCUGCGGCGACUUCUCUCCGCUCAUAUCUCCUGGUCACCACGCUGUCGAAAUCAAGACGGACCGUCUCCCUGAUCUUCCCCGACGUCGACAUGUCGCACACGUGGGACAUCGACCAACUGCCGUGGGCGACCUUCUCGCACCCGUCCAAGAAGAAGAAUUACUACGACCUCGUCACCAGCCUCGACCCCGAUCUGAUCGCUGCGGUCCAGCCUCACUUAGACGAUAUAUCCCCUGACCAGCCCGAGGCCGUGCGCAAGAUACACCGAAACUCAGCACUUGCAUUCCUGUAUAUAUUCCUUUCCCUGGGCAACCAGUCGUUCCCGGGCUGUUCAUACACACUACGAUCUACAAUCCCAAUCGGCGCCGGCCUCGGCAGCAGUGGCUCAAUCGCAGUCUGUCUCGCCGCCGCUCUGCUCCUACAAUUACGAGCCCUUUCAGGCCCACACCCCGACCAGCCUGAAGAGGAGGCCAGGCUGCAGGUGGAGAGGAUCAACAGGUGGGCAUUCGUCGGCGAGAUGGCCAUACACGGGAACCCGUCCGGCGUGGACAACACGGUCUCCACGCAAGGCAAGGCCGUGGUGUUCCAGCGGACGGACUACAGCAAGGCGCCCGAGGUGCGGCCCCUGUGGGACUUCCCAGAGCUGCCGCUGCUGCUGGUAAAUACCAAACAGUCGCGGUCCACGGCGAACGAGGUCGCCAAGGUCGCCAAGCUCAAGGACUCGCACCCCAAGCUCGUCGGCGGCAUCCUCGACACCAUCGACAAGAUCACCAAGACGGCGGAGGGCCUGAUAGAGGAGGACGGCUUCGAGAGCAAGGACAUGGAGAGCCUGCGCAGGCUGGGCGAGCUGAUGACCGUCAACCACGGGCAGCUGCUCUCGCUCGGCGUCUCACAUCCCAGGCUGGAGCGGAUACGCGCCCUGGUCGACCACGAGGAAAUCGGCUGGACAAAACUCACAGGGGCCGGAGGUGGCGGCUGCUCAAUCACCCUCCUGCGGCCUGACGUCCCGCCGGAGAAGCUCGCGCGCCUGGACGAGCAGCUGGAAGAGGAGGGGUACGAGAAGUUCGAGACGACGCUGGGCUGUGACGGCGUUGGCGUCCUCUAUCCCGCGGUCAUCAAGAACGGGAUGGACGAGGACGAGGACGGCGGCAUGGAGAUUGACCUGGACCUCUUCCUCAAUGUCGAGGGCAACGAGGGGGUCGAAAAGCUGGUUGGGGUCCACGGGGGUGCGGGUGAGAGGGAAGGCUGGAAGUUCUGGAGGGUAGAGUCGCAUUAGGAUGGAUGUGCGUGGCUGGAAGAUGUAAACGCCCCAGUCACAUGGAAACUUCAGAGGUCACAAAUGUGCCUGGAGACGAUUUUUUGAUUCAUCUCAAGAAUCCGGUUGAGCGACUGGGCCGAUCACCCGUUAUUUUUGUCCCGGCUCCUAUCUUAGCUGUUCACUUAAUGACGGUAUAAUAAUCUUACUGAACGAGAAAAUGAGCAAGCGGACAGAAUUGGAAGACAUGACUUGAUCCAAAAUGCUGAAGACGGCCGUUUUAUGGGCCUCGGACCUGCCGCGCGUUCCCGUCAUGUCUGGACGAUCAAGAUCUUGACUGAACCUAUCUAGGAAAGAAGGAAAACAAUCAUAAUCUGCCAGGAAUUUUCCUUGGUCAGUUGCUGGCUGCUGGGCAAUCUUACAAAUGGCGAAGGAUUAGCUGUGUUCACAGUUC